AUGAUACACUCUCGAAACGUACAGGCGCUGCUGGACGGUAUGCUCGGCGGGUGCGACGUGCUGGAGGGCACCGUGCCGGUGCCCGCCCUGCACAGCGUAGCUCUGCUCUCCGCAGACACGGGAUCCAUCAUAUCCUUCAGCAAAGAGCACGACCUCGAGCAUGGCCCAGCGGAGCACGACUCCCUCAACAACUUGCGUAUCAUGGCACUGCUGGUCAAGGACAAGUUCUCCUCGGACGAGAAGAAGUCCUGCGAGAAGGGCUACGACCUCGACGGCGGCCACAGGGCGUACACCUACGACGUCGAGGACCUGCACGCCAGCGUGACCAGGAUCCCCGAUAGCGACCUCCUGCUCAUGCUCCUCGCCCACAGAGACUUCCCUUACGGGCUGCUCAACAUGAAGCUCAAGGCGUGUGUGAAGUCGUUCGCACAGCUAUACGGAUACAGGCUCGGUUAG